UGGUCAAUUUCGGCCGUUUGAGGGUGAAGGGUUCCCAUGGUCUAUUUUCUUGGUCAGUUUCCCAGAUCGAUUUCGGUGGUUUUCGAUCAUUGUUUUCGGCUUCUAUGGAUUUUAGCGUCGGUUUUGCGGUGGUGGCUGGGGCUGGGGUGUUUCAGGUUCGGCUUAGGUGUUGGAGAUAGGCUGGAGAUGCCGGUGGUGGGGAUGGGAUGUGGAUCAGGGUCGCCGGUGGUGGGUGUUAAGAUCGCCGGUUGUGGUGGUUGGGUUGGGUUAGGGGUUAGUUUUUUUUUUAUUCUUUUUUUUUAAAAUUUUUUUUUCUUUUUUAUUAAUUUAUUCAUUUAAACCAGUAGACAAUUGACACGUGUCUUUAAGGGGUUCCACUCACGGAUUUCAUCCAAGAAUCCGUUAAGUGAUAAUGAAAUCAAAUUUUUGGUUUUUUUUAUGGUGUUAUUAUUUUUUUAUUUAUUUUUUGUGUUAUUAUCAAAAUCGUGUCUUUUUUGUGGUGUUAUUUUACAAGUUUUUCUCAAUUUUAUACUCCCCUGCUGUGUGGCCGUGUGAGGAUAAGAGAUAUAUCAGGGACCCUAUUAUGUAGGAUUAUAAAUACUAUUCUUACUUCCUCCCUUUCGCAUUUCUCUCUCUCUACUUUCCUUCUAUUUACUUUCUCUCUCUUCAACUUCUUCUUCCUCUCAAUUCAACCGCCAUUGAUGCAUUUCUCUCAACCUCUAAUGCAGUAAAAGUUAGGGUUUUCGCCAUUGAUGAACCACACUAAAAGCUUCGUUUAUUUCGAUUCUUGAGAGUUUCACUCGUCGUUUCUUUCCUGAAGUAGUAAAAAAGAGUUCAUUUUUGCCUCAAACUUAAUUCUGCAGAAAAAUGGAGGUGCAAAUGCAGAGAUUCGACGUUUCUCAGCUCCUUCACUCUCUUCCUGAUUCUUCAUCUUUCGGCAACAAAACAGUAACUAGGAUUGAAGAAAAACUGCCGGAAAACAUCUAUCCAUCACCAAUCGGCGAAAAAACAACCGUUCCAAGCAUCGAAAACGUACUAAUGAAGGCGAUAAUCCGAGACGACAAAGCAAAAGUCAUCGAACAAGCGGAACAGAUCAUCAGCUCCUCAAUCAAAAACGAGUCCGAACCAUUUGAUCGAGUAAUGAUGUCAAAACUCCUCCAUCUCUGCUGCGAGUUCGACUCGGUAAACUCGGCAGAAGUCAUAAUCAGCGGCGAAAUCACAAGUGGCAGCGUAGUUCCUUCAGUUAACGAAAUCGAUGGUGGUUCCGGCUUCGCUCCGAUACACACCGCCGCUGAAAACCACGCUCACCGCUGCAUUGAGCUGCUCCUCCGUAAACGAGCACGUACGGAUGUGAAAACCAAGCGUAAAACUGCUGCUACUACUGCUGCUGUUGCUGCUGGUGCUGGUGCUGGUGCUGCAGUUGUAGCAGGUGCAGCGCCAGGUGAAGGAAGUGGUAGUGGACACAACAAUACUUGUGCUGCCAGACGUCUGCUCCCCCUAGAGUUGGCUCUGCGCAGUAGCAGGAUGGAGGUGGACUGGGAACCAGAUCAGCCACUAGACGAGCUGUUGCUGCUGCUCAGUGAAAAGGAUUUGGGAGCCAUAAGAGUGCUUUCUGAAAAGACAAAGGACAUAGGAGAGGUAGCGUACAGUAUAGCAACAGAAGGACGGGUGGCAGCACUGGCUGCGCUGUUGAUGGUGGCUGCAGAGAAGGUUAACGGGUCGGUGCUGGAGGUCCGAACCAACUCAGAUUUAGUGGCGGAGAAGACAACGGUGUAUAGUGGUGUGAUCAGGGAGGCCGUCUCAAUUUAUAUGGGAAAUAAGGGCAAGCUUAAACUAUCAGAAGAAAGCAAGAAUGGCACUUAUAGUGGUGAGUUGGAGAGGAGGAAAAUACUACUUAGGGAGAUGGAGUUGCUCCGUUUCUUUGGGGCUUCUCCUCAUAAUAGGUGUGUGGACAAAAAAGCCACAUCUCCUCUUAUAAUUGCUUCUAAGGCCGGAGAUGAAACUGUAAUGAAGUUGCUUCUGCAGACAGGCAUAAUUGUGAGUGAGGCUGAUGCAGAAGGUAACUCAGCCCUUCAUUGGUCUCUUAAAGCAUCAAAAGUGUCAAGCCCUGAGCAUAUCAGAAUCUUGGAGCUUCUUCUGAAGCAUGGUGCAAGAGUGAGGCAAAAAGAUAAGCUGGGAUUGACUGCAGUUCACAUUGCUUCUGCAAAUGGGAACCUUGAAGCUCUUAAGAUCCUGCUAAUUCACGAUCCUGACAGCAUUUAUGUUACAUCUGAACUGAAGGAAACUCCUUUGUUUUUAGCUGCAAAAAAUGACUUCAUAGAUUGUGCUCAACUCUUGCUGAGUUAUGGAGCAACCACAGACGUCCAUAAUUUGCGUCGAGAAAGACCUAUAGACUUGGCAAAAUCACAGGAAAUGCGCUCUACUUUAAACCGAACCAGUAUAGUCAUAACCAAUAGGGCAUCCAAACAGAAAUACACAGCAUGCAUUCACAAUGAUCAAGUGGUCUCAGAAUCCUGUGAAGCACUUUGGAAGGAAGCAUGCUCUACUUCUGAGAGUGUCGACUCAAGUGCAGAUUGUGAUAUUUCCAAAUACUAUGCAUCACCAACAGGAUGUGCUAGAGGGUCUGCAUGCUUCUACCGCCAUGGUGAAGGGGAGAUGAGAAAUCCAAAGUCAAAACUUGGCAUUGCUCGUUCUACUGUUUUAGCAGAAUUUAAGAGAAAGAUUUUUGUAGGAGGACUACCACCUAGCUUGGACUCUGAAUCAUUAGCUGAUAUUAUGGAAGAGCAAUUUGGUUCAGUGGAAGAUGCCAAAGUAUUACAAAUGGAAAUUGAAGAUCAAGUAAUGUCCCGGGGUUUUGGCUUUAUUACCUUCCAGCAAGAAAAAUCUGUAGCUGCAGCUUUGGAGGUCCACUAUACCUAUAUCUGGGGAAAGAAAGUUGAAAUGAAAAGUGCAAUUCCAAAAUGGCUAUCAUCCCAAGAAGACUGUGGGGAUGAACCUAAACAAGAGCCAGUACAACAAGAAAGCAACCAAAACCAGUGUCAAGCUCAAAGCCAAAGUGAUCAAAGUUCCGUUGAGGGCAUACCUGGGAAGAUGUCUUGGGCUGAUCGAGUGGGUCAAGAAAAACCAGAAGAUUCAAAAAAUGAGCGCAAGGUCCACAGACCACAACUUUCUGGCCAAGAUAUGCCUGGAUGGUUUGCUACUUUAAAGAAAUGGCUUCCUCAAUUUUUAAGAAAGAUGUCAAGGAAUUCAGAAGGAGAAUUUUAUUCCCUGUCUUCUUUGAAAGCUGAUUUUAAGGCAAUAUUUGGGCUGGAGCUUGACCAUGCUUCUCUUGGAUACUCUAAAUUGAGUGAUUUUAUAAAGUCUUACCCUGAAUUAUGCAGGGUUAAGAUUGUCCACACUGGUGGUCAGGUUCCUAAUCACAUGAUCCUCUUGCCUAAUGUGGCCCGACCUCCACCACUGGUUGUACCAAGGAAAAACAUCUCUGUGUCCCGCCCAGUCACGCCAGCCUCUGUACAUGAUGAUGCUGCAUCUAAUUGUGGGACUGUUGGUCCAACCAAAAAAGAAUCUGACUGUGAUACUCAUUCUGAUAAGUCUUCUGAGAAAAAUCUUGAUGUUACUGCUGUGAAAGAAGUUUGUGGAAAGACAGAAAAACUUAAUUGUAGUGUUACAUCGCCUCUGGAGUAUUCCAGGCUACUGCAGUUUUUGGAACCAGACCCUGUGUUUCUUGCUCGAACAUGGCUUUGGACUGGUGGCUUCAAGGUUCUAGAUGAGCAAUGCAGGCGAAAACAUUUGAUUUUGGAGGCCCUUGCUCGGAAGAGGAAACAAGUGUACUUCCUCAAGAGCCUCAAGUUCUACGAUGACUAUGCAAAUAGCCUCAAGCAAGGCAACUGCUUCGCUUGUGAAAAAAAGAAGAUGAUGUGGGCUAAUUACCCAUGCCAGCAUCUGCUGUGGUGCGGUGACUGCAAGGUUGUAGCCAUGAGGAUUGCUGCAGUCGGUACUUCAACUCACAAAUGUGUAGUUUGUGACGAGAUGGUGGAAAAGAUUGAUUUGAUACCCUGGACUAGAAGGCAACAUCACAGCUACGAGGACAUGGAAUUCCCUCCAGUUCAUGCUGCAUAUCUGAGAAGUCAAAGACUUCAAGCUUGAAGAGAAUUUUUUCGGGUUCAUUCAACAAGCUGCGUAGACACUGUAAAGGAUUCUUAUUUUGAAUGCUGAUAGAAGGUGCAGAAGUUUGUUUUCGGGUGUAUAAUUUUUGGUUCGUAAGACUAAUAUUUACCCCUCCCAUUUUGCUUUAACGAGUUUCUGAAACCUACUUACAGUUUCGUACGGUGAUGUAUGGGAGGUUGGAAGUAGAAAUAUCAAAAUUAGCAAGAAACGCCCUAGCAUAUUAUGGGGCGUAUAGGCAGUAGUAAAGCAGCAAGUAUCCUUACUGCAGUUAGCGUAGUACUCUGAAGAUAGGUAGAAAAAUUCCUACUUUUUGUAAAAUCAAUGUAAAUGAAGUUGCUACUUAGCAUUCGAGUAAAUAAAUUUCCUUUUUUAGCUCUUGAA